CUGUCCUGCAGCUUCAGCAGCGUUCGGCCGCGUCACUGACGCUCCUCAGAUCCUCCGGCCGGUCUGUAUCUCCUCUUCUCCCGCUGGUGAGCUCGGUGAAGGUCGUUUGUUGUCGUUACCGGAGAGCGCGCGCGUGCAUACGUCUCAUGGACGCAUCAUGUCGUCGUUUGUUUGUCGGGUUCAGUUUUUAGACGACACCGAUCCGUUCAACAGCACGAGCUUCCCCGAACCGACCAGACCUCCGGUGUACACAUUCAGAGAGGAUAUACCCCUGAUCAACCAGCUCGCGGGGAUCCACAGACUCCUCAAAGCUCCACACAAACUUGACGACUGUGCUCUUCAGCUCUCUCACACCGGUGUCUAUCUGGAUCUGGAGUUAUCUCUGUCUGAACAGAGAGAUGAGCUCGACGGAUUUCAACAGGACGACUGCGGAGGGAGGGGAAAGAAGCACAGCAUUAUCUUACGCACUCAGUUGAGCGUCCGUGUUCAUGCGUGUAUCGAGAAGUUGUAUAAUUCAAAUGGACGUGACUUGAGAAGAGCGUUGUUUUCUCUCAAGCAGAUAUUCCAGGAUGAUAAGGAUCUGGUUCAUGAGUUUGUGAUGGCAGAAGGUCUCUCGUGUUUGAUUAAAGUGGGUUCUGAAGCGGAUCAGAACUAUCAGAACUACAUCCUCAGAGCUUUAGGUCAGAUCAUGCUGUAUGUGGAUGGGAUGAACGGGGUCAUAGGUCACCAGGAGAUCAUCCAGUGGCUCUAUGUUCUCAUUGGCUCAAAGUUUCGUCUGGUUGUGAAAACAGCUUUAAAACUCCUGCUGGUGUUUGUGGAGUAUUCUGAAUCAAACGCAACACUCAACAUACAGGCCAUUAAUAGUGUGGACAACAAGAGAGGCUGUAAGCCGUGGUCAAACGCAAUGGAGAUUUUAGCAGAGAAGGACGGUGUGGACACAGAACUUCUGGUGUAUGUCAUGACACUCAUCAAUAAGACGCUGGCGGCUCUGCCGGAUCAGGAUUCGUUCUAUGAUAUGGUGGAUGUUCUGGAGGAGCAGGGGAUGGAGUCUGUGUCCCGCAGGUAUCUGGGUCGUAAGGGAACUGAUCUGGAUCUCCUGGAGCAGCUGAACAUAUAUGAGGCGAACCUGCGUCAUGAGGACGGUGAUGAGGACUGCUUACCUCCGCCAUCCGGUCGCCGUGAGAGACGGCGCUCAAGUGUCGGGGGAGAAGAGAGGCGGGGUUUAGAGAGACGCCGCAGUCGCAGACAUUCACUGGGUAGACCUGGUCACGCCUCUCCACUAAGCCCCGCCUCUCCGCGUCACACAAACUUACAGACCUGUAACGGACAAGACGUUAACGAAAGAACGCAUGUGAUGCACGAGUCAAAGCUUCUGCCAGUGAUAGAGGAAGAUGAGGAUGAAGCUCUCCUCACAGAGUCUUCUGAUGAUGAUGAUGAGGAAAUGAAUCCUUCAUCAUGUGUCAUCAGUGAGGCUGCUGGUCAAUCACAUCCUCAGCACACAGAACACACGAGCCGUGCUGAUGAUGUCACUGAAGAGAACAGCCCAGCUCCGCCCCCCAAUGACUCCGCCCAGCCCUCGCUCCUGGCCACUCUACUCGCACGCCGUAAGUCAGCCUUCAGCGUGCCGGCGACCAAUGAGGUGAGCCCUCCUUCACGUGGAUCCGGCCGGCCGCUGGACCAUCUGCCGUACCUACCGCACUCGCCCUUCUUCCUCUUCUCUUAUGAUGUAGAGGAGGAGAGACCGCCGGAGAAGAGCAGGUCGUUUUCUGGGGUCAGUUCUUCAUCAGCAGCAGUCAAACAGCAGAAUGAGAGGCCUCCUCUGGGUGGACUUCUGUCCUCAUCAUACCGUCAACAUCAAGAGUCACUCGCUGCCGAGAGAGAGAGACGACGAGUCCAGCGAGAGGAACGACUCCAGAAGAUUGAGAGAGAGGAGAGAAACCGACACAGUCGGGACUAUGUGUUGAACAUGGAGGAGGCCAGACACGCUCGAGAGGAGAGGUUUAAGACGGCCGAGCGGCUCGCUGAUGAGGAGUUAGAGAGAGAGCGUGUGCGUUCAGGACCUCGUGGUGUCAAUCUCACUCUGAGUCCCUCUGACGGCUGUCAGUCACCCCGCAGUGCCACACCCUCCUCUGAGACAUCACAGGAUGAUCAGGACACGCCCAUUACGUCAAACCCGCCCUCUGAACCAGACGCCAAUGAUCUAGAACCUGAGGAGAAAGAGACGGAGCCCACAGAAGAACCCGAGGAAGUGGAGGAGAUAAGUGCUGAUCAGGAAGUGGGCGGAGCUGAGGAACAGGUGGAGGAGGAAGAGGAGGGGUCUGAACGGGAAGCUCCGGACGGAGAGGCGGAAGACAGCGGAAUCUUGAGCGAUAAAGAACGUCAGAACGAAGAAGUGAACGAGAAAGACAACUGCUCCGCCUCCAGCAUCUCUUCAGCCAGUAGUACACUAGAAAGAGAAGACAGAGUCAACGCUGACACCGGUCAGUGGUCUCACAGCAUCAAUGACGUGAAUGUGAAUGAAGAACGAAACAAGAUCCUCAACAGUAAACUCUUCAUGUUGGACAUGCUGUACUCACAGAACAAACAGCCGUCGGAGGAAGACGAGGAUGAGGAAGAUUCAAAAGAGAAAGAUCCACCUGAAGAUCCGUGCGUCUCAGCGCUGGAAACCCAGAGUCCACCAGAGGACAACAGUCAAGGAGAGAAGAAAGCGGAGAAUCAGAGUAACGUGCGAGCGUUCGCCGAGCGCUUUGGAGACCUGGUGAAGGGUCUGACAUCUCCACCGGUGGAAGCCCUCGAGAAACAGCUGCCCCCUCCACCUCCAAAGAAAGAGUCCGACUGUAUCUGGGAUCAGCUGAUGGCGACCCCGCGGGAACUCCGCAUCGGUGACAUCGACUUCACAGAUCUAAGAGACGAAGAGGAUCAAGACGUCCUGGAUACUGGAAGUUUGACGUCUGGAGACCUGCCUCCUCCUCCUCCCUGCCCCUUUAAACUACCACCUCCUCCUCCGAUGUUCGGUUGCCCUCCACCCCCUCCCAUGUUCAACAUUCGGGUUCCUCCUCCUCCUCCCAGCUUCUCCACCUCGGCCCCGCCUCCUCUUCAGUCUCCUCUGUUCCAGAAGAAGAAGAAAACCAUCAGACUGUUCUGGACUGAAGUCCGACCCGCUGACUGGACCCACAGAAGAAGUCAAGAGUCGCUGUGGUCCAUACUUGAGCCUGUCAAACUCGACACGAGUAAACUUGAGACGCUCUUCGAGAGCAAAUCCAAAGAGAUGCCCGUAACCAAGAAAGCAGCAGCGGAUGGAAAGCGACAGGAAAUCAUCGUUCUGGAUUCUAAACGCAGCAACUCCAUUAACAUCGGCCUGACGGUCCUCCCGCCCCCCCGCACCAUCAAAACCGCCAUACUCAACUUUGAUGAGUACGCCCUUAACAAAGAGGGAAUCGAUAAAAUCCUGACGAUGAUUCCCACAGAGGAGGAGAAACAGAAGAUUCAGGAGGCUCAGGUGAUGAAUCCUGAUGUUCCUCUGGGCAGCGCUGAGCAGUUUCUCCUCACGCUGUCGUCCAUCAGUGAACUCUCGGCCCGUCUGCACCUCUGGGCCUUUAAACUCGACUAUGAGGCCACUGAGAAGGAAGUUGCUGAGCCCCUACAGGACCUGAAGGAGGGCAUGGAUCAGCUGGAGAAGAAUAAAACGCUGCGUUACAUUGUGUCCACGCUGCUCGCCAUCGGCAACUUUCUGAACGGCUCAAACGCUAAAGGAUUUGAUCUCAACUAUCUGGAGAAAGUUCCAGAAGUGAAGGACACCGUACACAAACAGUCUCUCCUGCAUCACGUCUGCGGUGUCGUGGUGGAGAACUUUCCCGAGAGCAGUGAUCUUUACUCUGAGAUCGGAGCGUUGACACGCUCAGCCAAAGUGGAUUUCGAUCAGCUGCAGGAGAACUUGACUCAGAUGGAAUGGCGCUGCAAAGCAUCGUGGGAUCAUCUGAAAGUCAUCGCGAAGCACGAGAUGAAACCAGCGCUGAAACAGAAGAUGUCUGACUUUCUGAAGGACUGCGCUGAGAAGAUCAUCAUCCUGAAAACCGUCCACAGACGAAUCAUGAACAGGUUUCACUCAUUUCUGCUGUUCCUGGGUCAGCCGGCGUACAGUGUUCGUGACAUCAGCGUGAACCGCUUCAGCAGGAUCAUCAGUGAGUUUGCUCUGGAGUACAGGACCACACGUGAACGAGUUCUUCAACACAAACAGAAACGAGCCGAUCACAGAGAGAGAAACAAGACACGCGGCAAAAUGAUCACAGACAUCAACACACAGACUGAUGAUGAAGAUGUCAGUGAGGUGGUACAUGCGGGUCGGUCAGGUGGAGGCAGCAGCGUCUCAUCCGCAGCGGUGCAGGAGGUGGAGCCGCAGGGUUUGGCUCACGCUAAAGAUACAGCAGAACAUGAACAGAUGAAGGCGGUUCUGAAGAGCAGUGUGCAGGCCAAUGACAGCGACACCUCGGUUCUGCCGGGAUUACGAAUCCGUACACGCACUCGAGCCAGCAGAGGCCGCACGGCUUGGGCCCCUGCAAGUGAAGAAUCACAGACUGUCACAGACGACACUGCCGAUGACAUCAUGGAGAGAAUUGUACGCUCGGCCACUCAGAGUCCACGAGAAAGAGCUCAACCCCGCGAACGACGACGCUCGCGUGCAAACCGAAAGUCACUGAGGAGGACAUUGAAGGGCGGUCUGACCCCAGAGGAAGCUGAAGCGCUGGGAUUGGACACAUCAGAGAUGUCGGUUUGAUCACAUGGAUGCCUUCAACACAAUCUCAGGAGGAUUUCUAGUGAACAAACACCUGCAAAUUCUUCCCAUCAAUCAGAUUUAUUUCCAAAACAAAGCUUCCUGAAUUAUAUGCUUGAUAUUCUAAGCCACACCCCUCACAUCCAGCACAUCCACCAGCCAAUCACGAGUCUUCUAGCAGCUAGUCUUCAUUUGAGACUGUAAUAAAAUCAAAAUGAAGAAGAAUAUGUUUUAUUUUUAACACAACUGAACAUUAACUCAGGGUUUCUUGCUUUUGAUUUGACAUUUUUCCAUUUGAAAUUCAUCUCAGAGUCAUGAACUGCAGAUUAUCUCUCGAUUCUCUUCAUGUGUGAUUCAGUCCGUUUAUAUCAUCACACUGUGAGAUCAAACUCACAUUUAUUUAUUUUCACACGUGCAUAGGAAACGUACAAGUUUAUAAGAAAAGGGACAUAAACAAUAUUUAACAUAAUUAUUUUAAAUGACAGAUUUGUGAGCUGCUUUGCUGUCGUGUAACACACAGACGUACACAAAAAUGGUCUCAGUUUGACACUCUUAUAAAACAUUUUCAAGUACGUGAUUCUCUUCUUUUAUACAAAAGACAGUUUGUGGACUCAAAGUUGAGUACAGAAUAUAAUAAUGGAAAUAUGAUUGACAUUGAAAAGAAAAUCCCACAGACAGACCUUGUUUUUUUUGAAGAGAUGGUUGAAGUUCAGACAGAACACAGCUGGAUUAAAACACAAUCAAGUUCUUUAAACACGAGCUGUAAUUCACUUGAUACUGUUUCAAAAAGCACCUUAAACCUUCAUUAUUGUUAUGAUAUGAAAUAUUUAUAUGGAUUAAAACAUGACUAAAAACUGUAGAAUCUCCAUCAAAUGCGUUCUCAAAAAGUUAUUCAAAAUGUACAAAAUGAAAUAUUUUUGACACUGUAUAAAUUAUAUUUCUGCCCUUUUGUGGUGACAGUUUUCUUUUGUAAUUCCUGUAGAUUUGUGUCUAAUAGUUCUUCUCUACACGUCAAUUUAAGAAACACAAACUCAGAGUUUAGAAGAUGUGCGUACAACACAACACUAGUUGUGAAAAGUUUCUUCACAAACAUUUUUUGCUUCAUUUCAUUCGCCAGUUGUUUCAGAAGACGCCUUACAGGAAAACAUCUGCUCAACUCUUGUAUGAUUCACACAGCUUCUGUUCUUCAACACAAACUCACACCCGAUUUUACUCUUUAAUUAACACAAUCUACAAUAAAAUCCUUUGUGAAGAAACACA